UCCACACACCAAACUCUACAAGCCAGUAGAAGCCGAGCGAGCGUUCUAUGAUUCAACAGGCCUGUUUCUGCCACGUGGCUCAUGCUCAUGAUACGUGGCACAUAGCCCUGGUUUGCUGCUGGCUGCUGCUCUGAGCUCUGCUAGGAAGCCACAGAGCGGGAUCUCAGGAAGGCUGGCAGGGAACAUCACAACCGCCUUCCUCACUUUGCUUCACCAACACUGAACUAUUCCGGGUAGCACCAUUCAGCCUUCCUAUAAGGGGUCAUACAUACUUAUAGGCAGUCACAGAGGUCUUUGAGUCAGGAAAGGCAACGAACAUUGUUUCAAAAGGAAUAGUCUUUUCUGGCCUGCCGGGGACUCCAUGCAUUUAUAGCCUACAAAUCUUCGCAUCUGUCCUGCUCUUGAGACUGUUGUGUGGCGAGAAAGCGUGACUGGGUGAGAAGGCUGGUCACCAUCUGCCCUCUGCCGGACCAUGGUGGUAUUGAGUGCAUUGCCCUCCCACUGACUUGUCUGAUGGGAUGACGGAACAGGAACCGCCUUCAAUUCGGUGGAAGAUUCGCCCAAGGUCACAUAUUCCGGUGGAAAGGAACAGGACAUAGAUAGACGCGGUUCCAAAGUCCUUGCGUCUCCGGUGUAACUGUCGUUGCAGCUGGUGGCCAGGCUGGUCACGGAGCAGAGUCCUGGAGCCUGGGAGCUCCCCAGUCUCCAAGGGAGAAAGGGUGCCCUUGGUGUGAACACGGGACAGGGGCGGGGUCUUUGCGAAGUGAGGGGUGGAGCCAGGACCGGUAGGGGACAGCGAAGGCCGCACCUGGUUGGUGGAAGGAGUGGAGCCCGGAUCUCACCGGGUCCCAGAGAAGGCGGAAGUGCCAGGACCUAGAUACUUACCUGUGGAACCUCUGCGUCCAGGUAGAGGCGACGACUCUGGUUCCCGGAGCUCUAGGGGAGGAGAGGAAUUCCUAGGUAGGAACCUAGCUGGACCAGGAAAAAAAGUUUCCCUCCCACCUGUUCUUCUAUCUCGCUUCAUUUACGUUCUAGGGCCAGAGUCCGUUCACCUGGAGCCCGGGGAAAGCGUGGGCGGAGGGACGAUGGCCUCACUUCCUCCCAGCGGCUGCGAGCACCCUGGGUAGUCAAGAUCAGGGAGCUGGAGAGGAAAUGCUGGAACGCUUUAUGGAGGCUACCCUAGACUGACUGUGUAUCCUUGGUACUGAGUGUCCUUAGUUGCAAAGGAAUGUCCGGCCCUUGCCUGUCCUGUCCUAUGUGGACACUGGCAGUAGGAGAAGACAGCAGGCUGCCCAAGGGCCCCACAGUAGGUGGGUGGGCCAGCCACGGCUAGUAGACCUCGGUAUCCUGGAGAUCGCCCCAUCUCCACGGCUGCGCUGUACAGACACAUCCUCUUUUCAAGGGCUAGGCACAACUUAAGCUUGGGCAUCCCAGCUCUUGGCCAGCAGCAGCCAUGAACUAUGUGGGGCAGUUGGCAGAGACGGUGUUUGGAACAGUUAAGGAACUAUACAGGGGCCUAAACCCUGCCACGUUGAGUGGCGGCAUCGAUGUGCUGGUGGUGAAGCAGACAGAUGGCUCCUUCCGGUGCUCACCCUUCCACGUGCGAUUUGGCAAGCUGGGUGUCCUGCGGUCACGGGAGAAGGUGGUGGACAUUGAAAUCAAUGGAGAGCCCGUGGACUUGCACAUGAAACUGGGGGACAGUGGCGAGGCCUUCUUUGUCCAGGAGCUGGACAGCGAUGAGGAAGACGUGCCUCCUCGCCUGUGCACCUCGCCCAUCCCAUGGGGAGGCCUGUCAGGCUUUCCCUCAGACUCCCAGCUGGGCACAGCCAGUGAGCCUGAGGGCCUUGUCAUCACUGGGCGGAGAAAGAGGAGGCGCAGGAGGAAAGCCAGGCGCAGGGAGGAUGCCAUGGACUCCAGUUCUGAGGAGUUGGAGGCCAGUACUGAGAGUGAGCUGCCCUUGCAGGAAAAGCCAACACCAGAGUCCCCAAGUGCUCAGGAGGAAGAGGAGUCCUCACUGCAGCCGAAGGACAUCUAUCCUUACUCUGAUGGCGAGUGUACCCCACAGGCCAGCCUUUCAGCAGGUGACCUAAUGUCCCCUAAGAGUGACUCUGAGCUGGAGCUGCGGUCCUUAGAGUCCAGUCCCCUGAGAGCUGAGUCUCACAUGCAGUGGGCCUGGGGGAGACUGCCUAAGGUGGCGAAAGCUGAGCGGCUUGAGCUGUCUAUGGUCCUUGACAGUAUGGCUGAGGCAAUCUCUGCUCUUCCUGAAGAACCAGAACCUAACACUUCGUCUUCCUCCUCUGUGGCUGGUGUGGACACUUUGAGACCCCCAGUGCUUCCGCCCAGGGCCAGCCCUGACACACUGCAUCCUGAUGUGGAAACGUACUGUGAGGGAACUCUAGUGGAUUCUCCCCUUGCUGCCCCAGAGAGUAAGGAAACCAAGACUCAAAAUUCUAGGGGUGCAGGCCACCCUCCUGCCACUAAAUCCUGGAGCUGGACCACUCUGGAGAGCCAUAUUCCUUCUGGACAUCCAGAUGUCUCCAAGGGAAAAGGUCCCCUGAAGAGAAACCACCACCUGGGCCCUAGUGAUAUCUACCUGGAUGACCUCUCCUCCCUGGACUCUGAGAACGCGGCCCUUUAUUUCCCCCAGAGUGACUGUGGGAUCGGGGUCAGGAGGUGGAGUGAGCCCAGCCACCAGAAGCUCCUGGAGAACUCCAACCCUGAGCACACAGCAGAACCCAUUCUGGACUCAGUGGACAAAGUAGCGCUGUCCCUCUGUGGUGGACUGGCUGACACUAGAGACAUCUCAAUGGAGAAGUUCAACCAGCACAUGGUCUCCUACGAGGACCUCAUUAAAAAUCCCGGGCUCCUGGAUGACCCAAACCUCGUGGUGAAAAUCAAUAAGAAGCAUUAUAAUUGGGCUGUAGCUGCUCCCAUGAUCCUUUCUCUGCAAGCCUUCCAGAAGAACUUACCAGAGAGCACUGUGGACAAGCUUGAGAAGGAGAAGAUGCCCCGGAAGGGUGGGCGAUGGUGGUUUUCCUGGAGACGCAGGGACUUCUCAGCUGAGGAGCACCGUGCCCAGAGGGAGAAAAUCACAGCUAGGGAGCAGCAGGGAGAGAAGACAGAAGUCCUAAGCAGUGAUGACGAUGCCCCAGAUAGCCCUGUGAUCCUUGAAGUCCCCCCACUGCCAGCCUCAACUCCAGGCUACAUUCCUACCUACAAGAAGUCCCUUCGUCUGUCUUCUGAUCAGAUUCGAUGUCUGAACCUGCAUGAAGGAGCUAACGAUGUGGUCUUCAGUGUGACUACCCAGUACCAAGGCACCUGCCGUUGCAAAGCCACCAUCUACCUGUGGAACUGGGAUGACAAGGUGGUCAUCUCUGACAUAGAUGGCACCAUCACCAAGUCGGAUGCUCUGGGCCACAUUCUGCCCCAGCUGGGGAAAGACUGGACACAUCAGGGCAUUACUAGUCUCUACCACAAAAUCCAUCUAAAUGGGUACAAGUUCCUGUACUGCUCAGCACGGGCCAUCGGCAUGGCUGACCUCACCAAGGGUUACUUGCAGUGGGUGAGCGAGCGUGGCUGUGGUCUUCCUAAGGGCCCCAUCUUGUUGUCUCCCAGCAGCCUCUUCUCUGCCCUCCACAGAGAGGUGAUUGAGAAAAAGCCAGAAGUAUUCAAAGUUGCCUGCCUGAGUGACAUCCAGCAGCUGUUUCUGCCUCAAGGCCAACCUUUCUAUGCUGCCUUUGGGAACAGGCCAAAUGAUGUUUUUGCCUACCGACAAGUGGGCCUCCCUGAAUCUCGAAUCUUCACAGUCAACCCCCGGGGAGACCUUGUUCAGGAGCUCAUAAAGAACCACAAAUCCACGUACCAGCGGCUCGGGGAGGUGGUUGAGCUUCUCUUCCCACCUGUGGUGCGAGGCCCCAGCACAGACCUGGCCAACCCUGAAUACAGCAACUUCUGCUAUUGGCGGGGGCCCCUGCCACAUGUGGACUUUGAUGCUCUAGUAUGAGCCUGCCCAGGUCUGACCCAGGGCUGACAGGGUGCUAAGGACACUAAGUAUUAGAAGAUGAGUCCCAUGGGGCCAAUCCAACAAAGAGGCAGCAAGUUGGUUGGUAGCCAGAGAUCCUCCCUUCUCCUUGAAACACAAAUGCUGUAUCUUCAGUGUGAUUACUCAGUACCAGGGCACCUGCCACUACAAGGCCAUUUACUUGAGGAAAUGGAAUAGCAAUCGUCUCUGACACAUAUGGUACCAUCAAGCGAGGCCCAGCUGUCUGUGGGGAGCAUGGGGAAUACCUAGGACCUGCCUCCCUAUGGGCAGCUGCUCCAGGCCUAAGUACAGCCCUGACCUCCAACAAUUAAAUGUGUCACUAGAGCCUUGCAGGAUUCUCUAGCCCCCUAGGUGAGUAGUUCUCAACCUGUGGGUCAUGACCCUUUCACAGGGGUCACAUAUCAGAUAUCCUGUAUAUCAUAUAUUUACAUUAUGAUUCAUAAUGGUAGCAAAAUUACAGUUAUGAAGGAACGACUUCAAUAUUAUGGUUGGAUGGUCACCAUGACACAAGGAACUGUAUUAAAGAGUCACAGCAUUAGGAA